UUUUGCGCAAACAGCCUGAGCCAAAGCUCGUAAAAGAGAUUUUUACCAGCUAUUCCUGAAAUUCGAUUCGAAAUGAAAACAGUUCGUGGCUUUAUGAUCCUUGUGAGUUUGAUUUUCAUUCAGGAUUCUGCGGUUGGUGCCUCGACUGAAGACUUGCAAAUGAAAGUGAAAGAACCUUCCAGUUUUCGACCCUCGUCGUCUGAAAUGUGUAACAUGUUAGAGAAGGCAAACCUCGAAAUCCGUGGCUUCCAAAAAGAAGUUGUCAGAAAGUCGUUUCAGAAGCCUGGAAGAGCCAAAUCGGAUUUUGAGACGGUGUACAAUUAUCAAAAAGUUGUUAACUGUUCUGUGGGAGCCAUUCAAAAGACGGGAGUGGAAUUGAACUCAUCUUUACCAGGUGCUUUCGGAAAAGAAAUGUCUCGCUGGGUAACAAAGGAAGUGAAAGACAGGCAUUUCGGCAGUAAUGGGAAGUGUACAAUGGGACUGGAAGUUGAUUUUAGAGGAGGCAAGGGCUGCGAUGUGAGACGCAAGAGCAAGAAUGUGAAGAAAAGGAUCCGUCGACUCGUUGGCUUCAGUAUUAGAGCAUCUAUAAGACUUAAGCUCCAGGGUGUAGUUUUCAGAGUUCCUCGUUUAAACUAUACCGGUAUCCCCUUCUUGUAACGCACAAACAAUUCAAAACCUUUUAACCGAUGGCUUGUUAAUGAUAGUACACUAUUACGCGCGUAAAUGUACUCACAACGGAAACGAAACUGAUAAACGUACAGAAGCGAAAGUACUCAGAGGAAGAGUGAUGAAGCUGUUAAGAAAGUUAAAGUUAAUAAGGCGGAAAUUGGGAACUUAUGCUAAUAAAUGUGGUUGCUAUU